AUGGAAACCAGAUCGAGUUUAUCAUCAGCUACGACUGAGAAUAUGGAUGUUUUGUCCCAAUUCUUCCGCCGUUCAAUUGGAUUACAGAGUAUAUUACAGAGCAACUUACCAAAAUUCCGAGGGAUGCCACAUCAUGCGGAUGAUAUGUCCUUGUCAGAAUGGCUUGAAGAAUUUAAUGGAGUAACUGCUAACCAAAAUAUGGAAAUGAGUAGCAAAGCUCGACUGUUGCUAGAUCACCUUUCAGGACCAGCACGAGAGGAAAUAAUGUGUCUCAGUGAAUCAAAGAGACAGGAUUUUGAUGAAAUAGUAAGUCGUCUGAAAUUGUGCUUUGGCUAUCAGGAAACCACACAGACCCUCAGUAGUCAGUUUCAUAAUCGCAUACAGAGAGAUGGAGAAUCACUUUGUGACUUCAGCCGUGCCCUGAUUCGCACCUACAACAAGAUGGAAAAAGCUGCCACUACACAAGCUCAAGGAGAAGCUUUAAGCCAGUUGAAAAACAAGACCUUAAGUGAUCAAUUUGUCAAUGGUGCCCGGGAGGCUUGGGUGAGGAGAGAGUUGAGGCGAAUACAGAUGAUGCAUGAAACCAAUGGAUUCGCCAAGAUUCGUGAGGAAGCCCUCAAACUCUUUCAGGAGACUGCCACCACUCAGAGGCCCAGAGUCAGAGAAGCAGAUAUCGAAGUUGGAAGGGCAGUCAUGAAAGAUUCCAUGCUUGUGCAACAGGUAGUAGAACAACAGAAAGCUAUAAUGACGGAGUUGGAGCAACUUAGGGGAGAAGUAGCCAGACUGAAAGGAGGAAAGCCUCAGAGAAAGAGGACUGAUGGACGAUGCUUCAGCUGUGGUCAUAAGGGACAUCUACGACGUGACUGCCCCAACAUACCUAACGGUUCCCCUGCACAUGAUUAUAAUUACUCUGCUGGCAACUGGCAUCAGGAGAAUCAAAGCUUCCCCACUUGGAGCACGGAAUCAGGUACCAUGCAGAAUCAUGACAGUUUCAAUAGGCCAACAGUCUACCAGUCCUCAUCACAAGGAGCUGCCAGUAUUCCUCACCAACAUAUCGCAUCCCAGCAGGAAAACUAGACCC